UUUAAAUGCCAUUAAUGUAAAUACGAUCAUUUAUAUAUUGAAAUUCACGGUGUUGAAACGUAUAUAAAAGAGACAAUAACAGUAAUGGGUAAUUAUGUUAAUAAAUUUUUUACUUAUAAUACUGAGUCUCGAAGCAAUGAGAUCGAAAAGGAAGAAAUGAAAGCUCCAACAUCGACGAAUAAACUAAGUGUUGAUGAAGAUAUGCAAACUCCACCAAUAAUUCAUAAAACGUUACUUAUGGAUCCUAGAUCUGUAACAAAUGGAAUAAGUAGAACACCAAUAGAGAUAAAUACACCAAGUACCCCAAUUGGAUUAAGUAGAAAAAUAUUAUCAAUUCCAAAGCACUUACAAAGUAAACCAUAUUUGGAAACAGAUAUAGAUAAAAUAAUGUUAUGUUUAACUCCAAAAAAAUGUGUUAUGCCAAAUGUAAUAGAAAUACCAAAACAGCAAGACAAAGGUGGACAGACUCAUUUAACACCGAUAAAUAGUAAAAAAAUAAUUUCUGCUAUAGAAAAGGAACGUUAUGAGAUCCUAGGACUUGAUCCUAGGUCUCCAGCUGCAGAUUUUGACAGAACUCCAAUUUUAAUGCCAAAAUCUAUAGAACGUUUAAGAGCAAGAUCUCGAGAAUGUUUGCAUAGACGUGGUAGUUAUGAUACAGACAUAUUUUAUCCAAAAUUUGUAUAUUGUGAAAUGUCAUCACAAUUUAAUGUCACUGAAGUACAAGCUUUGCCUGAUUUAACCACAUCUGUAGCAAAAUCUUUGAACUUAAUUAGUGAUUGUCAUGACAAAUCUAGUGAACCUGAAUCACCAUGUUCUAGUCAGUCAUCUAGAACAGAGUGUACUUCAGAAAUUGGAAACAAUGAAUUGGAAGAUCAGGAUGAAUUUCAAAAUAUCUCAGAACAAGAUAAUAGUAAUGAUAUAUUGGCUGAAAGGGAUACAGAACAAAAGAAAAUGUGUGCUACUGAUAAUGAUAUAAUUAAGGUAUGGAGAGACUCAAUCUUAUUAGAAAACCCUCAAAAAUCUGAAAUAAAUGAAUCAAAUAAUACAGAAGAUGUGGAAAAAAAUAUAUCACAAAUAGCUAAAGAAGAAGUAAUUAUAACAUUUGAUGAUAGUAUUGUUAAAGACACAUUAUCUCUAAAAUUAGCUAACUCUGAAAGUGAAAAAACAAGAGUAAAUACAAUUACAAAAAAGAAGAUUUCCAAAUUAGAAGGCAGAACUGCAGCAGAUGAAAAGAAACUUUUUCAUUCAAAUGAGAAAAAUGGAAGUGAAUUUACAAAGGUUCGUACUCCUUUUGGAAAUCGUUCGAACAAUGGACAAAUGCAAACGUUUUCAACAAAUUCACCACAACAGGUUUUUAAAAACAAGGGUAUUACUCCAAAAAUGUUACAAGAAAACACACCACCACACAAGAAAUAUGUUGCGAAAGCUAAAUUAAGUGGGAUACAAUGGGAUUCAGAUUCAACAGUUAUUAUUUAA